AUGUCUUUCGGUUUAUCUGAUCAAUCAAAUCCAAUUGUUCUCGAUAAUGGUUCUGGUAUGGUUAAAGCAGGUUUUGGUGGAGAGGAUGCCCCACGUGCAGUAUUUCCUGCAGUCGUCGGCCGUCCACGUUAUAAUGUUGUUAUGAGUGGUAUGAAUCAAAAAGAUUCAUUUGUUGGUGACGAAGCAUUAGCAAAGAAAGGUAUUUUAUCAAUACAAUAUCCUAUUGAACAUGGAAUAGUGACAAAUUGGAAUGAUAUGGAAAAGAUCUGGCAUCAUACAUUCUAUAAUGAACUUCGUGUUGCACCAGAAGAACAUCCAGUUCUAAUUACAGAAGCACCACUUAAUCCAAAAGCAAAUCGUGAAAAAAUGACACAAAUCUUGUUUGAAACAUUCAAUACACCAGCUAUGUAUGUUGCUAUACAAGCUGUACUUUCACUUUAUGCAUCUGGUCGUACAACUGGUAUUGUACUUGAUUCAGGUGAUGGUGUCACACAUACUGUUCCAAUUUAUGAAGGUUAUGCAUUACCACACGCAAUUGGUCGAUUAGAUUUAGCUGGACGAGAUCUAACUGAUUGGAUGGUACGAUUAUUAACUGAACGUGGUCAUGCAUUCACAUCAACAGCUGAACGUGAAAUUGUUCGAGAUAUAAAAGAAAAACUAUGUUAUGUUGCAACAGAUUUUGAACAAGAAUUAGCACUUGCCACUUCUUCAAAUGCAAUCGAAACAACCUAUGAACUACCCGAUGGACAACUAAUAAAUAUUGGUAGUGAACGUUUUCGAUGUCCAGAAGCACUUUUUGCACCAUCUAUGAUUGGUCGUGAAAAUGAAGGUGUCUCACAAAUGGUUUAUAAUACAAUUAUGAAAUGUGAUAUUGAUGUUCGAAAAGAAUUAUAUGCAAAUACAGUUCUAUCCGGAGGUACAACUAUGUAUAAUGGUAUUGCUGAUCGAAUGGAAAAAGAACUCAAAGCAUUAGCACCAUCAACAAUGAAAGUGAAAAUCAUUGCUCCACCUGAAAGAAAAUAUGCAGUAUGGAUUGGUGGUUCAAUUCUUAGUUCAUUAUCAACAUUUGAAGCAAUGUGGAUAACUAAACGAGAAUAUGAUGAAUCAGGUCCAUCAAUUGUACAUCGAAAAUGUUUUUAA